CCCUUGUCUGUUCAGUCCUUCCGGCGAAACCAGCUCCGCUCAUCGGCCCCAGGGUGCACACAGAAGCAACUCCUCUUGAGAAAAGGGAAAGCCAACGCCCCGCUGACGCUGAACUCAAGUCAGUCAGUCCUUCCUCCAGAGCUUCUGUGGUCGUGACUGAGCUCCAACAGGGUCUAUUUCACGGAGGCUUUACAUCGGUGACGUUCAUCCACCUGCACGGGGAAAAUAACCCAAACUUCAAACGGGAGCAGCAGCCAUCAACACUGGGGCUGUUCUCAAGACAACUUUGCUUAUUCAAACAUUUCCCGUCGGUCGCUGGCGAUAAAGCCUUAACAACAACCUGUCAGUAUAAUAAGUAAGUUAUUGCAGAAUGGCUGAUACAAACGGGUCCAGCGCCGCUGGAAACUGCCUGGAGAAGCUGAAAAGUUACGUGAAGACCCAGAAAGGUUUUAUCCUCGCAGCUGAAAUACUCAUCAGUUUCAUUAUCAUCAUCUGCUACGCAGCAUCUCUGUAUGGAGGCUACUCCGCGGUGGCCAUCUGCCAGAUGGUUUUCGCCAUGGCCUUCUUCGGUAUCUUCAUGAUGGAGUUGGACAAGCAGUUCCUAUUGGUCAACUGGGUCUGGAGUGAUCUUUUCCGUGCUGGUAUUGGUGCUAUCCUUUACAUCAUCACUUCUCUGAUCUGUGUGAUUGGAGGGGCUGGGGACGGCGCUCGUAUAGCAGGCGGGGUCAGUUAAGCAGCCGUGAACUGAAUGCUGAAACUGUUCAUAUUCCGGUUUUACGGUUUGUUUUGACAAC